AUGGCACUAUCAACACAUUUGAGCACUGCUCAUGAGCACCGUCUGGACACGCCUAUUCACAAAAGCUUGAUAAGCAGCAACCCUCGGAUAGAGCUGUUUGCUGGUGCCUCUGGUCCGACCACUUUACAAAUAUGGCGUUCCAAUGGGCAGGUCGUGGCUAAAAACGCUCAACGGGGCAACCGUGAAACCGUCAAUGCCCUACAGUGGAGGCCGGAUGGUCUCUUUCUUGCCGUUGGCUGGAGCGAUGGUGUUGUGCGAUUGAUGGGCCUCGAGGCCACCAAGGCCAUUCAUCAAAUCACCGUCUGCGAGUCUGGCAAGGCCGAGAUUUCCUGUAUCGCAUGGACCUGCAACACAGGGACAAAGUCUGCAGCCAACUCCAAGCAUCUGAGUAGCAAUGCCUGGAAGCAACUUGAAGACCUCGAGCUGGAUGCGGUGAAGAGCAGGUCUUCCCUGAACCUGCCACGCGAACUUGCAUUCCUUGAAGUCGAAACCUCCUUACCAAAGUUGAGUCCCUUGCCAGCCUCGGGAGGCUCAGGAGACGACAUGUUUGUCUUCACCACAAGAGCAUCACUCGAGUUCUUGUUUCGACCAUUCCGUCCCGAGGACAGCGACAACAUUGAUAUCAUGGUAGUCGGAACGACUGAUGGCCGCGUGCACCUCAGUAUAUACGACUCCUUUGUAAUCGGUACAUUCAAAUACCUUCUUCCGCAGACCCAAGGUCUGCUCGGAGCAUUGCAAUUAUGCCGCCAUGCUGCUCAUCCGAGCAUGUCAACCCAUAUGCUGGUUUUUCAGCCGGCCGGGGAAGCGAGCCAGACCCAGAGGUAUAUCGUGCCGAUGGAUCUCACAUUUCUGUCGUCAUCGGCGGAGGACCUGUCACUUCUUGCAUCGAAGACAACGACUCUGCAGAAGCUUCUACGAUACGUAAGACAAGUACAGAUGCACAUGAUGCAUGAGUGGCAGUCGACUCGAGAGUUGCCGUCACGUUUCCUAAACAGCAUAAAUCAAACACUGAGUGAAUCUGAAAAGUAUGGCAAUAUGAGCAUCGGCCAGGCCCUGUACCACACUGUCGUCACUGGACAUAGCUUUCCAGAAGUACGAGAAUGGCUGGUCGAUCAACUGGCGGAACGGGGACACAAACGAUGGGAUAGGGCGGUGACAUCUGGGUUGCAAUCACUCCGGAGCCUUGUACACGAAAACCUGCUUCCGGCGCUGGAAAGAGUAGGCAUCAUUCUGAGUCGUCUUCUCGGAAUCAGUCGAUACCACGAGUCGAGGGACGACAUAGGAUUCUCCAGCACACAAAUCACACUCGUCAUGGAAAUUGUCUCGGCUCUGAUUCAAGUCGGACACAAGAUACUCCUACUCACCAUGGACGAGCUCGACUUGUUCCAAACCUUCUCAGCUUGGCUUCGCCAUGAGAUCGACCGGCUCGCAUCCUCGUCCGUGAGUGACGAGCUGUCGGAGAAGGAGGCGACUAUGGAGCACGGCAAGAUUCUCGCGUACAUCGACCAGUACCUAUCUGCCAGCCCACUGCGCCACUACUUACAGAGCGUGUCUGCAGACGAUUCGAGGAUGGCCAGGGAGCAGCUUGAAAGAGGCAGUGCCGUUUCCGAUCUGCUAGCAAAAGACACCCAGAGACAAGAAGUAGGACAAGAGCCGAUCACAGUGAUUCCGCGGCUCGAAUUCUUGUGUAGCUACCUUGACGACAAAGCAAAGUUGGUGUUUCAAGGCUUAGCCGAAGCGAAGAAGCGAGGCGUACGUUUCGGGCAACCAACAAAGAUUGAUCUCGGGCAGGAGAUUUCUCAGUGCGAAAUCAGUGUGACGACCUCGCGGCAAGACAACCCGGGUACCACUCAGGCUAUCACGUACGCCGCAGUCACAACAGAGCAAGAGAAGAACGCCGUCUUCAUGUUACGAACCACAACAACAGUGGUAAACGGCAUCAGCAGUGCGGUCGUUCCCGAAGCUGCGAGGAUAGCAUUGGGCGAGGGUCACAUUGUCGAUCUCAAGUUCCUUGAUGAAAACAAUCUUCUCAUUCUCUGGGACCAUAAAGACUCGAAGCGCAGUCCUCUUCGCUUGAUCCGCUUCCCAUAUCGUGCCGAGGAUCUUGGCUACGUCCAGUACAACGAAGGCGUGACGGUGGCGCCGCACAGCUUCACAAAUGAGCAGGUCGAGAGCCUGUUCUCGAAUAUCCUUGUACCUCAACCGAAAGAGGGGGAGCCCCUCUUUGUGCCAGCGAAGAUGGAGGUCAUACCGGCGUGUUCGGGUCGCAGCCAGAUGCCUGCGCGGGUGUGCCUGCUCAGCAAAAACGGAGAGGCGUAUAAGGUGUACACGAUCCCAGAGGGAUGGCUUGAGACGUAG